AUGCUCCCUGUAGAUGAUCGUGCUGAUCAAGACAAUGACAACGACGACGAGUGGGAGUCUGAUGACGACGGUUUUGCUCAGGGGGAAAAAUCAUUUAUCCCUGGCGGAGGAAUCAAGGGACUGUAUGAAAAAAGCUUGAGUAAAGUAAAGGAUGCCGGUCGAAAAGUAUGUGGCGUUCUCAAACGUCCAACCAAGCGUCCAACCAAGCGUCCAGGUGUAGCCAGCCAACAUUCUCGCAUGUCAUCUAUUCGAUCGACGCGUCAUAAGAAACAUCGUGGCAAUCAAGAAAAUGUUCAACUGGCCGCGGACAGAACUGGACUUGGAAUUAGCUCAACUUCUCCCCCUACUCGAGAGCAAUCUUCCAGACGCCGGUCAAUACUCAAAGUUCCAUCGCAUCAACCCACGAAACUCACCCGGUCUUCCGCGCGCGAUCAUUGUCAAUCUGGUUCCUCUCAAGCUGUUUCCCAAUCAGCUUGUUUUGAUGAAGACUUAACCCAAAACGGAUCUGAGGGUAUGGAUGUUAUGGAGAAAUUAGCCUUUUCGACGGAUGUACCGAGCGCUCAAGAACAGUGCGAGAGCGCGGUCGCGAUGUUCAAUUCUGAAGAAAAAGAAUACGAUUUCGACGAUGGCUAUAGGGCGUUUCAAGACAGAGUGGAAAAAGCCGCGGCUAACCUCAAUUAUCAAAGCGACGAUACUGACACUGACGAAGGCGAACAUCUUCAAGUGCGACCUUUUGGCUCUCCUGGAUCCGACGAGCUUGACAAUUCUCCUGGCCAACGCGUCAGUAAGGGGACUACUGCUGGUACGUCCGGGUUGAAUGUGCCUGUCCCUUCUGCAAAAAAGAAAAAGAAAAAACCUGUAGCGUCCAUGCCUAUUCAAAAUUUCUUCAAUGAGAGUACGCCCGCUGAAUGUACGAUUCCUGAUGCGACCGAAUUUGUGAGCGAGCUUCCAGCUAAUGAUAUUCACAUUCCUGCGACGGCGCUCUGUCAUAGACGAUUCGAAUACAUCUCGUCUCGUGGUAAUCCUUCUUUCUUCAUGGCUCACUAUGUAAAAAAAACACCGAGAACCUUAUCUCACCGGCCGCGGCGAGGUCUAAAUCAUGAUGUGAUUGCUGUUGGACUCCCUUUGCCGGAUGACGACGAAGAAGUUAUAUUUGCUGAAUACCGACUCGACAGUUGUUCCAUGCGUAAUGGUGUUGAUAAAGCAAGCUUCUACUUCCGUUGCAAUACUGCUGUGGAUGAGGUCGGCCUAACCAUUCAAAACUCAGUAAUCGACACGAUUUCGAAGAAUGUGAAAGAACGCUACCAUGGCUGGUCGAUGCCUAACGAGAAGCAUUAUUACAACGCCCUUUUGCAACGAAAGAAGAACACUGUGCGCCGUAAGAGGGAUAAAACUUACCUUGUCAAGGACGAUCGUUGUAAGCUGGUGCCGGCACCCUUGGCCAGACUGCGAUAUCACGCGGCUUUCGAGGUCGACGAUAAUGAUCGAUGGGCGAGUUAUCAGUGUGAACACUUUCUUAUAGUGGUCGACUGGUUGCUCCUUGAGAAGUUGCCUUUGCGUAGCUUCUUGCGAAUGAUGGCUGAUGGAACUUUUUACGUGUGCGGGGGUUGGAGGCAGUUGGUCACGAUUAUGAUGGGCUUGAACACCGGUGUUUCCGAGAAGAUGGUCAAUGUUGCGGGCAUUUAUUUGCUGACUAAAGAGCAGAAGCAUUAUGCUGCUGCGUUUACGAAGUUCUUUGAUAUGGUGCAAGAGCGCUUUGAUCUCGUGCUGCAGUAUGUUCUGUUGUCGACUGACAUGGAGCCUGGUCUCUAUGGCGGAAUAGAGCAAGCGAUUGAGAAAAGACGGAUCAAGGCACGAACAACGGUAUGUGGUGUUCAUGCUGAGCGUGCGAUAUACAAGGCGAUCAAGAAGAUUAUCCCGUUUAAGAUUAUUCCAACUCCUGUCAAGAUGACCACGUUUUUCAUCAAGCAUAUGAUGUUUCUCCGUCCUGAUUUGAUUUACGGCUCCAUGCUGUUCUAUUUCAUCACGAUUGCGAAGAUCCCUCGAAUUGGCGAAAGACUUGCUCGAUUUAUCAAAGAUUUUACGCUCAAAAUCUUGCGCCACACAUGGGGCUUGCGGUACAACUAUUGGCGGACGAUGAAGCUUGGAAACUGUACGGGCAUUCCUGUGUUUCUGAACACGAAUCCUGCCGAGGCACAAAACAGUAGUUUAAAUCACCGCUACAGAAUUUUUCAUGGAAGGGCGCAACGCAAGUUUGAGCGUGAUUUGGAAAUAUUCAAUGGCCACAUGAAUGAUGUUGGCAAGGAAGUGGUUGCUGGCAAUUACUACGAGCCAUGGAAAAAAUAUGAGAAUGAUGAGAGGAAGGAGGAUCAUCUUCGCCGAAUCAUGGCUUUAUGCGAUUCUUAUCAAAAGGUCCCCGCCGGAGAGCCUGUGCCCAAGGAGUUUUUUCUGCAGCUAAUGUCUCUCAUCUGCAAUGAGUUUAUGGUCCGUGAGGAGUCGAAUCGGUGGGCGAAGCCAACAGCUGAUUUUUUGCGUCGGGAGAGAUUAUUAAGAGCAAUGGAACAAUCCGAUGGACUCACGGCCGACACCGAUCUCAUCCACUUGUCCCCUGACGAAGUCGCCGAUUUGACGAAUGAACUCAAGUAUGCUGGUGUCGACAUGUCUGAGCCAGAAGUUGCGAUUUUGACAGAAUUAGGCAUGGAUGACGUGAAUUUUGACGAGUUGGGACAGGGCUCAGCGGGCAGCAAUCUAAUGGAUAUCAGGGAUAUGCCUGCCUUGAAUGAUGAUGAUCCCGCCGACGACCAGCUCGAUAAAGUAAUCUCGGAAACAAGCAUGUUAACCCGAGCUACUGGCGGAAGCGAUCAAUUUGCUAGUACAAAUCCCACAGCGCCCUCCACGUCAAGUGCGGAAAAUAGCGCCGCGCUCUCGGCUUCAUCAACCAAUCAACCUGCGGGAUCGGUGGUGUCUUCAAACGCGAGCGAAAAUUGCGCCCUCUUGGAUCGUCCUGAGCAAACUUCUACAAUUGCUUCAACUUCCGCGGCUAAGUCUGUUCAAACACGUGGUCGAAAGAAGGAUGAUCGUCAAGAAACCAUUGAUCGUAUUUUUGAUUCUGAGGAAGACUCAACUGAUAGUGCACAUGCGAACGCUACUUCAUCUGACGAAGACGUGUGUUUCACUGAGCGUGCGUAUAGCAAGAAGCAACCAAAAGCUGGACCAGCUAGCGUCAUGCGCGAGUCUAUGCGAGUAAGGCCUGUUGUGCCUAUGCCCGAGGCGAGCGAAGGACCAUCUACGCGUUCGAGAGCGAAGAAGCCCACUAGACGUUCGCCGUCGAAUCUCCUUACGCCGCCUGUUGGCAAAAUGCCACGCCGUGGUUGCGCGAAACAACAGCAUGUUGGACCUAACCGAAAGCACAACUUCAAGUUGUUUAAGGAGAUGGGUCUUCAAGCUGCUAAAGAUAAGAUGCUGAAUGAUGCUCGUAAGCUUCGUGAGAAGGAACCAGAUGUAAAUCUUGACGAUUUUCAUGCAGUUGUCGACCGAAAUCGCAAAAAGACUCCUGAAAUGAGCAAGGAAACUGCGGCAAAGCAUCACAAGGCCGAAACAACGGCGAAAAAAAAGACGGCUGAAGAAACCCUCGAGGCGGAACUUGUUGAAAAGGGACUGUUUGUGCGUUCAGGUAGAAAAAAGGGCAGCAAAAAGCAGAAUAAUGAUGCCAACAACGACAUAAUGGAUCCUGGUCCGUCCGAUCAGUCAAAUUCUACGUCGAAUACCGUGAAGGAACCCUCGCGAACAAAAGACAUUCAGGCGGCGUCGAUGAAUGCGAGCGCCAACCAACAACCUCGCAGCCGUGGUAAGAAGAAAAACGCGUCGGACGUCCUCUCAGACGAGAAUGGUAACUUUGUCCAAGCCAGUGGCGAAGCACUUCCUCAGCCAAAUUCACUACAGGCGGCGUCAAACAAAACGAAAGCGAAAAAAACACCUAGCACUCGCAGGAGGAAGAAUACUAAGUCAAAGGACGAUAACGCUGAUUCGACUUCGGCCCGCUCUAUGGAAUAUUCCCAAGCAAAGGCACAUAAGAAAAAAAACAUUUGUACCGAAGAAAAUGGCGAAGAUCAACCGACGGAUAAAGAAACUGCUAAGAGUAGUGAAAAGGCUAGUAAAACCACCGCGAAACACGUGAGUCCGAAGGAAUCAGUUGCUGAUACUCGGCAGAUUGAGCAGCAACUCGCAAAUCUCGGUCUCCCUGGCUAUUCCGAAAAAAAUGCCGACGACGGAAAGACGCCGCCACCUCUGCCUACUUCUACUGAUGCUACUGUAAUCAACCGGCCAAAGCUCUCAUCGGUUCCUACUCAGCCUUCGACUGCCGAAAAUGGCAAGGCAACGCUUCAAGCGUCUGUUACCAGCUCUCCAUCUCCAGAACAGAUGCCGCCACCGCUGACAAAUUCUACCGACGCCUCUAUUAUCAGUCAGCAAACAUCCUCACCGGCUCUUCUCAAGACAAGCAAGAAAUCUUCCCCGGAGUCACUUCCACGAAGUGCUGGCGAGUAUACUGCGGCGAUGAUUGAUGAAUUCAUCGGCUAUUGUGCAACCAAUCGGUUAAUACGGCCUCGAAAGAAAUCAUACAUCAAGAUUCUUCGCUUCGACAUCUCAUCGGAGGAUGAUCUACGCUUCAUGUUCAGACAAAAUUUCUUUGGUGGAUAUGUGAUUGUUCCAUUGGAUAGUAUGAAGUCCGUCGUUCUUGCUAUUGUCUGGUCUCACAAGCAAGACCUUCGUCUAGAUAAAACGACCCGAUGCUGGUCUCCUCGCGGGAAAUAUUUUCUUGGCACCGUUGAGAUGUUCUGCAAUUUUGUAACACGAUUCAUCCACGCUGUCCGGAUCUUUGGCCGACAUAAGUCUCCUGUAUACUGUGACAUCGUCCACUGGUUGGACCAGUGCCACUCGAUAAGAAGAUAUCCUCGUCAGUGGCCGCUGUCAUCUUAUCCAUUUAUUGGGAAACUUCCGGACAUGGAUGGUCACACUCUUAAUAUAACUGAUCCAAUCACUUACUACUACCUCUAA